AUGCUGACCCAAGACAAAUCACCGACCACCUAUUCAACUGGUUCGGUUCCCAACUUCACAUUCACAAUCUCGGAUGCAACUUUGCCAUCCGCAGAUGGUAUACCGGCCAAGAACUCAGGUGCAUCAGUUAUCAAGGCUAAAUUCACAGUCAGUGACACGAAAUCCACUGUCGCACACUGGCAGUCUGGUGGCGAAACACCAACCGACUACAUUACCUCUGCAGACGCCGCUGCCAAAUUCACGAAAUCGAUCACAUGUGCACCGAAGAAACCAACGUUAUCAAAAGAUGAUUCUCCUGUUGUCCACACAACUGUCUUUGUUCCCACUCCCAUUCACAACUCAUCCAUUUGCUAA